AUGGAGUGCCUUAGUCUUUCAGAUACAGAAUUAAGUGAAAGAGAAGUUGUCCAUGUUGAUAUAGCAUACAACAAUGUUCCAGAAAAGUAUUACAAGGAAAAUGAGGAUCCUACAAAGUUCAAGUCAAAAAAGACUGGGAGGGGUCAUUUACAAAAGGAUUGGAGGGAGACAAGUAAUCCUAUUAUGUGUUCCUACAAAUUGGUACGGGUCAAGUUUGAGCUUUGGGGUCUACAGACGAAAGUGGAAAGCUUUGUACAUAAGGCAAUACAAGACAUCCUAUUACUGGGUCACAGACAAGCUUUUUCAUGGAUUGAUGAGUGGUAUGACAUGACCGAAGAAGACGUGAGGAAGUAUGAACAGCGCCUCCAAGCGGAAACGAACAGAAAGGUGCACCAGGGUCUCGAGAGAACGUCGAGUAGAGACUCCACCGAUGCCGGAGACGAUGAUGAAUUCGCCGAUGCUGUCGAGGAUCAAAGCGAUCUCGCUCAAGGAGGAUCAUGAUGACAGUAGAGAUGACAGGACUCUACUUCCAGUUUUAUAAAGGACAUUACCAAUAUUAAGAGAUUGCACUGUGCACAAAGUAACGUAGAAGGAAGAUGCAUAUUACAAAAUGACGGCUAUAUUGUAGGAGAAAUUCCUACCAGAGAAAUAUUCAUGUUGAAAGAUUUUGAGUUGAAAUCUUUCCAUAUGAGAUUACUCUGUGUACAGAGUAAUAGAGUAUGGUGAUUAUUAUCAAUUGAAAUAAAGAUAUUUUUCCAGAGAAAUGUAUGAAUAUCAACAUGUUGAGUUGAAGUCUUGAACAUGUUAUGAGAGUAGACUGAGCACAGAAGUUGAAAUUUCAAGUUAAAAAUCUUUUCAACAAGUUCAGAAAUUGUGCUAUGCACAUAUUAGAGUGGGGGAAGGUUGUGUACUGAAUCGAAGAAAUGUUUUCCAGAGAAAUUAAUAGAUACAGCUGAUGAGAAAGAUCUGUUUGAAUAUGGUGUCAUGUUUAUUUUGAAGAUUGCAGUAUUUGGGGAUUUUAUGAUCAAUGUCAAAUAUGAGGGUGUAUCACAAUGUAAUGCUUUUGCUUGUUGUUUCUUUUCUCAUGCAUCAAUAUUUAUCAGAUUACAUAAUAUUACAUGUUCAGGAAAUCUCAUGUGCUGCAUUCACCCCAUGUGAGGCAAAUAGAUACCUGGCAGGAUUAUUUGCUUCAAUGCACUGAGCACUGGAAGUGGCAGCUAAAGCCAUGGUAAUAAUAAGGAAUAAAUUUAUAUCUAGAUAGAUAGCACUAUAUACAUUAAAUCUCCAUUAUUAUCACCUGUAAAAAAUAAAGUGGUCAUAAACAAGAAAGAAAUUUCUAUGUCAAAUUUGCUCCUAAAGGCCCUUUCACAAUAGAUCCCUGAUCAGUUUACCACCAUCUACAGCUGUUUUUUCUUGGUGUUGCACGAUUGAUUGCUUGGUGUCUUGCAAGCACUCGCAGUCGUAGGCGAUUGCAUGAACCUGAGGUGUUUGUGACUGGUCUUACAAAGAGUUGCGAUUGAUCUGAUCCAUCACAAUUAUCGACGGCCAGCAACGUCAAAAUUUUUUAUGUAUGUUUGUUCAAAGUAUUUUCUAGCUAUGAUGUAUAUUCAUGCAUUAAUUGUUUUCUUGAAAAUUCACUGUGCUUCUCUUUGCAUACAUUGUGCAAAGUUUUCGUAGAAAAAAUUAUGACAUAGAUGGAUUUCUAUAGAGUUACGGUUGAUUGGUUCAAUCGUAACCCUUUGUAAGAUGAGGCCCAGAACUUUGAACAUGGUCAAAUUAAAAGAGCAAUCAAGUACGAUUGAUUCACUCGCAUUGGCUUCUACAACCAUUAAGACCAGUCCCACCGGUUUCAUGCAAUUGUACAAGUGAUCGCAUUGCCUCAAGUCGACUGUCAUGACUAUGCAAUCAGUAGUGCAACUACCGGUAUUGAGUUUUGAGAUUGGUGUAAAACCACUUGUAAUCACUCAUGCAACACUCACUUGUGAACGCAGUGCCAUUCGCAUGAGCGCUAUAUGUAUGUGGGUAAUUGCGACUUACUGGUCACUUUUUUUUGUACGACUGCUGUUGCAUUUAUGAAAGCCAUUCUGAUGCCUGUUGCAGCCUGUCAUGCAACCAAAAGGUCACAAGUGUUCGCAGACCAUUUUGCGUAAGGGGCAUAAACAAUCGUCAUGACCGAUUGCAAUAUGUAGGCAUUGACAUUGAAAUGGUUUUUGGAUAGUACUUGAAUACCAUACUUAGUCCUACACCAGUGUUUACAGGUCAUGUACGAUUCAGAUAAAGCUCUUGGCACAAAAAGCUCAGUUGCAUAUAUUUGCAAAAUUCAGGAGAUAUAAAAAAAAAGCAAGAAACUUUCGUUUUGGGGGUAGGGACUCUCAAGAGUAGAACGCUAAUAAAUUUAGCAUAACUAUAGAUGGGGUAAUUUAUUUCACUGUCUUAUAAACACUCUGACCAAUAUUCAUUGGCUUUGUAACAAGGUACGUGAUCAAGGUCUGCAAGUCACUGACAAAAGUCUACUUUUAAUGCUUAAUCUUGAAUCCUUUAUUCUGUUUAAUGUGUUUGUAUUUAUGUCAGGGUACAUGUAAGUUUGCACUAUUGUUGACCAUGUACGAAUUGCUGCAAUAUUAGCACUUGUCACAAUCAUAUUUAAAUAUGUUUGGCACUGUAUAUUUUGUUGUUACAUUCUCAAAGUUAUUAAUUUAGAGAAUAUUUCUCAAAUUAAAUAGCAUAGUAUUCUUUCAGUGUGUUUUAAUCAUACUACUUAUUUCUAGUAUCUAAGGGGUGUAAUGUUCACUUUCAAAUUGGUAAUACAGGUGUAUGGUGAGGUGACCUGGGGAGUGUUUCAUAGAGCUGAUCAUGUUAUACACAACUUUACGCACAACUCAUGACCCUUUCUUAUACUAAAUGAAUAUACACCAAAUUUUCCUGGUUUAAGCAUAUUUGGAGUGCAUUUCUUGUAACCCUAAUCAAAAUUUGUAAACUGAUCAAUUUUCCAUUUAGAUGGUUGUUAACCAUUUUAAUCUAUAAAGGUCAGAUUCAGCUUAAGCUAAUAUGAAUCAAAGUGAUUGAAGUGAUUUAGCACCCACGAAAGUGUAAUCAGUGGUGUUAGAGUAAAUUUAGCACCCAAGAAAGUGUUAUCAGUGGUGUUAGUGUCAGUGUAAAUUUAGCACCCAAGAGAGUGUCAUCAGUUGAGUUGGUGUAAGUGUAAACCAUUAAAAGAAAGCUGUGCAUAACUUAGGAACAUUUUUAUGAAACAUCUACCAAGAUGCUCCAAAUGUUAUAUUAAUUGUGCAAUUCUUUGCUUUCUUUCCUUGUAUUCUUUCUGAAUUGUAGUCUUAUAAAUAUUAUUGGUUGACAUGUUACUAGAUUAAUAACAUAUAUAAAGUAUAUGGAUAAAGUAUUUUCUUCUUCUUCUUAAGAUUUUAUACACCUUGUUGAUAAUACAUUUUUAAAUUGAGACAAAAAAUGGCUUUGAUAAAAGGCAUGAAAGCAUAUGUAUAAAACAUUAAGUUUGAAAAUGAUUAUACUGUAAGCAAAACAAAUAUUUUUUGUAUAUUGUGAAAGGAAAUAGUAUAUAUUGAUAUAUGUUGCUUUGUAAAAUGACUUGCAGUGAAAGAGUACCGGUACUCUCAUGAUGUUUGAGUAAAUGAAAGAAGAUCUAGAUUGAUUUAAGACCAAGAAGAGUAGAAAAUUAUAUUAUGAAAGGGAUUUACGAAGCUACCAUUUAAUGAUUUUUCUGUUUGGUGUCAAAGUAACAAAAUUUGUUUCUUUUAACCUCCGCCCUCGUCAAUAUUCCUCAUAUGCAUAACUAUUUCAUUCUGCUUUUAAACUAUUUUCCUCUAAUAUAUUAAUAUAGAGUUGAGUGGUCCAUAAAGUAAGUGGUCCACCCCUAAAAAACAAUGAUGAUAAUAAUUAUAAUAAUAAUCAUCAUCAU